GUCUUUGAUCAUUGCCCAGUGGCUUCUAUAUCCAAUCUAGUUUCUUGAUUUGAAAGUGUUCCUUUGUACAUUGCAGAGAUGAUACGUGGUGCAUCGGAUGGCUUUAUUGCUACACCCGAAAAAUUUAAUGAUUUACAUGAUGGCGAAGAUGAAAGAACAAGUUCAAAGUUACGGAAGGGAGUAAGACAAUUGAGAAAAUUAAAAUACCAGCUUGUAGAAUACAAUUCACUACCAGCCUACAUGAGGGACAAUGAAUUCAUAUUAGGUUAUUAUCGAUCAGAGUGGCCACUGAAACAUAUCUUCCUUAGCAUUUUCUCAAUUCAUAAUGAAACAUUCAAUGUCUGGACGCAUUUGAUAGGGUUCUUCCUUUUUCUCUUUCUCACCAUAUACACAGCUGCAAAAUCUCCAAUGGUUGCGGAUUUCAAUUCCGUUCAACAUCUGUCUGAACUGAUAGGGAAAGCUGAUCUGAACAAGAUUCGUUUAGAGCUCUUGAAAUGCCUGCCUUCACUGCCCAACAUGCAUGAGACUCUCAAGUUUAAUGACUUGAGUACAUCUCUUUAUUCUUUAGACUUUUCCUCAGCAUCAGGUUGGACCAUUGUGGAACUUCUCAGAAGGUGCUUGCCCGAGCAGUUUUCCCUUAAUGGUCUGAAAGGUGACAUGAACAUGGUAGAACCGAUUACGAGGUGGCCUUUCUAUGCCUUCUUAUGUGGGGCCAUGUUCUGUUUGCUGGCGAGCAGCACAUGCCACCUCUUUGCUUGCCAUUCACAGCGGCUUUCCUACAUCAUGCUGAGAAUUGACUAUGCCGGGAUUUCUGCAUUGAUUGCAACUUCAUUUUACCCUCCUGUGUAUUACACAUUCAUGUGCAACCCUUUUUCCUGCUACUUCUACUUAGGCUUAAUAACACUGAUGGGGAUAGCCUCUAUGGUCUUCUCUCUUCUCCCAUUUUUCCAAAAGUCUGAGUUCAGGAAGUACCGUGCUACCAUCUUCUUUUUGAUGGGAUUUUCAGGCGUGGCACCCAUUAUACAUAAACUCAUACUGCACAAGCAUCAACCCGAGGCCUUGCAAACAACAGGGUAUGAGAUACUCAUGGGAGUUCUUUAUGGUUUGGGAGCAGUAAUAUAUGUGGCAAGGAUACCAGAGAGAUGGAUGCCUGGGAAGUUUGAUAUUGCUGGCCACAGUCACCAACUCUUUCAUGUCUUGGUCGUGGCAGGGGCAUACACACACUAUAUUGAUGGAUUAAUCUACCUAAGAUGGAGAGAUUCUCAACGUUGUUAUUAG